AGUUAUGAACGAGACCUUCACAGAGUACUUACAACCAAGUGUCGCCAAAUCCUAAACCAGUUCAGUGGCGGACCCCUACGACCCACACUUCUCGGUGAGCGCCGUCUUUCACCGGCCCUCACCUUGGAGGGGCUAAAUUCUAGCUAUCGUCAAAUCGUUAUCGCAUCCAAAAAAUUUCCCCAGAUCACCAUCCAGUCGAGCCGAGUCAAUCCUUUCUUGCUUCUCCAAUCUUCAUAUUCUAGCCCAGACACAAUGGCUCCCAGUGCGGAGGAGCUGCUGCGCCGAAACACGGUUGGCAUCAACAAAGAGACAGUGUCCAACGUUGCCUCGACAGAUUUCCCCGGCCACUUCCCCGGCGAAGACCACGCCUUUUCCAUUGAGCGCUUCCGAUCCGCCUUCUCCGUCCAGUUCCACCGCAACGAGCUCAACGAUGCGUCCUUCUCCCUCAUCGGCAUCGACGCCUCGCUGGCCAACGCCUUCCGACGAAUCCUCAUCGCCGAGAUCCCCACGCUCGCCAUCGAGGACGUCUACAUCGAGAACAACACCUCCGUGAUUCAGGACGAGGUGCUCGCCCACAGGCUGGGGCUUAUUCCCUUCAACGGAGGGCGCGACGGCAUCCACAACUUCCUCAAGUGGUACAAGAAGCCCGAGGCAGGGGAGGACCCUUACGCAAACAGCUUCGACUGGAACACGGUGCGCCUCGAGCUCAACGUCACCUGCACCGUCAACCCGGACGCAGCGCCCAACGAAAACGACCCGCUAAAGGCGUACAACCACGCCCACGUCUACGCAAAGGACAUCGUCUUCGUGCCCACGGGAAGGCAGGUCGAGUACUUUAGCGGCGACAACGCAAUCGUCCCCGUCAACCCGGACAUCCUCAUCGCCAAGCUGCGGCCGAAGCAGACCAUCAACCUGGCCAUGCACAUGCACAAGGGCAUCGGCGCCGACCACUCCAAAUUCUCCCCCGUCGCCACCGCCUCGUACCGCCUGCUGCCCCUCAUCCACAUCACCAAGCCCAUCAUCGGCCCCGACGCCGAAAAGUUCCAGCGCUGCUUCCCCCAGGGCGUCAUCGGCCUCGAAAAGGUCACGCGGGAAGAGGCCAGCAAGUCCGGCAGCGGCUACGAGGGCCACGCCGGCGAGUUCAAGGCCGUGGUCAAGGACUCGAUGAAGGACACCGUCAGCAGAGAGGCCCUGCGGCACCCCGAGUUCGAGGGCAAGGUCAAGCUCGGCCGGAGGAGAGACCACUUCAUCUUCUCCAUCGAGAGCACGGGGCAGUGGGACAGCGAUGAGCUGUUCCUCGAGGCAGUCAAGCAUCUAAAGCUAAAGUGCAAAAAGUUGGAGCAGCAGGUCAUCAACAUGGUUCAAUAAUUGGUCUUUGUUUUGGUUGAAGGCGUUUCUGUACAUAAACGGGGGGCAUGGUCAAUUGCGUUGUACAUAAGUUUCGACGCAUGCAUUUUUUUCUGCUUCUUCUCUGUGUGUCUCAUUCAUCUCAUGGAUAUGAAUAAAUAAAAAGAAAAGAAAUCAAAAUAUCUGAGAUCUUCUCUUGUUCUUGUUUCCUUCAAGU